AUGACCGGGUCCCCCCGGAAGGGCGAGGAGUUACCGGUUGCUGGCGGAGGCAGUAAGAAGCGGGACCCGUUGGGGUCGGCGGCGAUUCACCCCAUUUUAAAAGAUGUUGGAGAAAUAUAUUCUCGGCUUUUGGAUCACAGGCCAGUUAUUCAAGGAGAAAGUCGUUACUUUAUAAAAGAAUUUGAAGAAAAACGUGGCUUCCGAGAAGUACGGGUUCUUGAAAACCUAAAGAACACGGUUUUUGAAGCCAAUGAUCAAACUCUGCCUAAAUGUGAACAAGUCAUGCGUGACAGUCUAAAUGAAGCGCUCAGGAGAUUACAGGCAGGCAAUGAGAUGAUCAAUAGACUCCAGCAGAGAGAGCAGGAAGAAAAACAGCUUCAGGCCGAGAAGCUGAUUGCUGGCGAAAAACGACGGAUAGCCCAUUGGGAGGAAUUUCUGAAGGAACAGCACAGCCUAAAAGCGGUCAUGAAUGAAGAGCAUGCCAAAGCUAUGGAGCGCCUUAAAGAACAGUAUGCCAUAAUGGAGAAGGACCUGAGCAAGCAGACUCUUUAA